CAACGUCAUCCUUGUCCUCACCUUCCGCAAGCUGUACUCGAAGAGUGUUUUGGCAGGGACGGGAGGACCUUGCCUAGCUACAUUAACCGCAUCAGGGUCUCGACAUGACUGGCCGGGCGCUUGUCGGAGUUAAACGGGUCAUUGACUAUGCUGUGAAGAUUCGUGUGAAGCCAGACCGCAGUGGAGUGGUGACGGAUGGAGUGAAGCACUCCAUGAACCCCUUCUGUGAGAUCGCCGUGGAAGAGGCCGUCAAGCUCAAGGAGAAGAAACUGAUCAAAGAAGUGGUGGCUGUGAGCUGUGGCCCGCAGCAAGCCCAGGAAACCAUUCGCACAGCAUUGGCCAUGGGAGCGGACAGAGGCAUCCACGUUGAGGUUACUGGCAAGGAUUACGAGACCCUGGGCCCCCUGCAGGUCUCCAAGAUCAUGGCAGCCCUUGCCAAGAAGGAGGAGGCAAAGCUCGUCAUCCUUGGAAAACAGGCCAUCGAUGAUGACUGCAACCAGACUGGUCAGAUGACAGCAGCCUUGUUGGACUGGCCCCAGGGCACGUUUGCUUCCGAAGUCACAAUAGAGGGGGACAAGAUGAAGGUGGUGAGAGAGGUUGAUGGGGGGCUGGAGACCAUUAAAAUCAACAUGCCAGCAGUGGUGACUGCAGACCUGCGUCUCAACACACCCAGAUACGCCACCUUGCCCAAUAUCAUGAAAGCCAAGAAGAAGAAGAUCGCAAAUGUGAAGCCUGCAGACCUCGGGGUGGACCUGACGUCGCGCAUCGAGAUCCUGAGGGUGGACGACCCCCCCCAGAGAGAGGCUGGGGUGAAGGUGGAGACUGUGGAGGACCUGGUCACCAAACUCAAGGAGACGGGCAGGAUCUAGACGCCGCAUGACCACAUGUGAGCACAGAGACGUAGCAUGGGUGCAACCAGGACAGAUUCUCCUCAAGUUCAUUGUGAUGUCACCAACUCCUCCUGACUCCACCUCCAUGGCCCCCUCUACGUGUGGCUCCGCCUCCCAGUCUUUCUGUGGCAGUAAUGUAAGAUAUUGAGAAGGUGCUGAGAGAUCCCGUCUUCUUGAAGACUGCCUUUUGUCAAUAGUGUUUUAUUUUUAUCUAUAAAUAAAGCUGCUUUUCUACCAGGUAAUGCACUAUUGCUGUGUGUAUGAGUUGAUGGACUAAGAGGUGAUUUUGCACUCUUUUUGAGCAGACAUUCAUCAGCCCUAUAAUUCCAUUCUCCUCUGGUGCCUGACUGUAGAUGUAUUGUAAUGAAUACUUCAGUAUUUUGAAUGUUAGAAAAAGUUCAAACCUGUUAUGAUCAUCUCACCACUGAAGUUCAUAGUGUAAGCUGUGUAAUUUCCAUAUUAAGUUAUGUGUUCAACGUGGACCCAGGAGGUACUGUGCAUGACUAAGCACUUAUAUGAUUAGGGCAAUCUUGACUAGAUUGUUUCUCUCAGCAACGAGAUGCAUGAAAGAGGGAUUUAAGAAACACACAAAAAAAAUUACAAAAAAUACCGCAAGCGCCUCGUAACUGUUCUCUGAUUGUACAGAAACCAUCCAGAAGAAUAAAAAUCUGUUUUUCCUUA